CGCCAGUGGUCUUCCGAUCGCGGGCACGGUCGAGACCCUGAAGCUCGAAAGUCUCGCAGAACUAAAAAAAAAAAAAAAAAAACGCGUCGGACGAAUUAACAGACAGUUGAUCAGUGUCGCGGUGCGGGUCGUCGAUGUUGCUUCUUGUCCGUUUACGCAUCAUGGAAUUGAUUUGGACGUUGGUUCUGUUUCUCGGGUUUGCGCACCCGUCCCAACCGUCGCACCUCGAAGUGAUUUAUCAAUGGAAAUAUCUGGAUUGGGUUUGGCCGAAUAUACAUCUGACAGGAAAAAACUAUACGUUGGGCAAUGCCUUCACGCAGGAUGUGGAUAUCGACAGGCAGGGUCGCGUGUUCGUGACGAGUCCGCAGUGGUUGGACGGCGUGCCGAUUAGUCUGUCUUUGGUGACUAAGGCGAAGGGUUCCGGCGGUCGUUUGUUAGUGCCGUAUCCCAAUUGGUCCUGGCACACGCCGUUCAGUUGCGACAGCAUCGUAUCUGUCUACAGAUUGGCGAUUGACGAGUGCAAUCGUUUAUGGGUGGUCGAUAAUGGCAGAAUAAUGACGAGAGCGGUUUGCUCCACGAAAAUAUUGAUCUUCGAUCUCGCCACGGAUCGGUUGAUUCAUAAAUACGUUGUGCCGGAUGAUCAAACGCUGUACGGGAAGGCGUCAUUAGUUACGCCAAUCGUCGAUGUCGGAAAAACGUGUCUCGAUACUUAUCUCUACGUGGCGGACGUGGAUCAAAAUGGACUGGUGAUUUAUGACUUAUAUCGCGACCAUUCCUGGCGAGUAAACAACACGUGCGGCAACGCUUUCGGCCCGGAUGAGGAUGCCAUGAAUAUUACGAUCGCCGGUGAAUCGUUUGAUCUGACGGACGGUACGCUCGGUAUGUCACUGUCGCCGCUGGGAUAUUUUAAUCACAGAUAUCUGUAUUUUAACUCGCUCGCCAGUUACUAUCAGAAAUACACGGACACGUAUUCGUUGACGCGAAGCGAGUUCAGAGAGCCGAUAGUGUUUCAAUCAAAUUACAAGCGCGCGAGCCAGGCAGGCGUGCAGGCAACCUCUCGGAGAGGCGUAAUAUUUUUCCAAUUGGUCCAAUUAACUGCCAUUGCCUGUUGGGACAUCGGGAAACCAUUUACUUCGGAGAACGUCGUGAUAAUAGCACAAGACGAGGAGACUCUGCAGUACGUGAGCGGCAUUAAGGUGAUCACGAAUAGGGCCGGCAAGGAAGAAUUGUGGUUCAAUACCAACAGGCUUCAGAAGACAAUAAACAAGACCCUCAAGCCGACGGAGAUAAACUUUCGAAUAAUUAAAGGAACCGUCGACGAUAUUAUUCGUGGCACGAAGUGUGAGCCAUCCGGCGUGAGAACGUCAACACCGGACACUACGUAUUGGCAUCAAAUCUAACUCACUCAUAUAAGACUCUUAUAUCCUUUCAUUACCUCAUUUAAGUAAUUUUAGAUUACUGUAAAUUUCGUCUCUCUGUAAAGCUUAUUAAUUUAAACGCGUAAUAAGCUAGACAAAAAUAUAAGUGGAAGAAAGUUAAAAUCCUUUUGUACCGUCGACACCUAUUUUUAACUAAA